AUGAGUCUUUUCUGCGAAAUUAAUUUGUUCAAAUCGUACAAAGAAGUAUUCGUAGCUGGAAGUACGGUCAAAGGCGUGAUAAGAUACGCAGUAAAUCAGGAAACUAUAUUUAACCAAAUAACUGUGUCACUGAAAGGAAAAGGACUUUUGAGUUUGAAAAGAAAACGCAAUGACAAGAGUAAGGAAGUAACCUACUGGGACAGCGAGGAUUACUUAGACAUUAGCAAUGAAAUAGUGGAACCUGAAGAGCAACUGGUAAUUUCGGCGGGAUCCUAUGAAAUUCCGUUCAGCUUCAAUUUGCCCCAUAACAUUCCGUCAUCAUUUCAUUAUUCGAGUAGCGAUAUAAACCACGACGUCUCAUGCAGCAUCCGGUAUAAUGUCUCCAUCAAAUUCCAAAGGCCCGGUUGGUGGAAAUUCGAUAAGAAGUAUAAGAAAGAGAUACAGAUCGACUCCGGCAUAACUCCGAGGCUACCUCUCGAACCAGCUGUACACGGGAAGGAGAAGAAACUAUCGCGACUGUUCGCUCGGAAGAACAGUGUCGUAAACAUUAAAGCUUGCGUUGCGAAGUCGGUUGUUGUCCCAGGCGAUAGGGUUGAGUUGGAAUACGAGGUGCAGAACGACACCAACGUUAAAGUGAACGCGGUGGAAACCAAGAUAGUCGAGGUGAUGACGUUCAGGACCAAGUCCACCAAGGUGACGCAAUCACGUGACGUCCCCGGCACCGAGUGCAAGGCGGGCUCGAUCAAAUGCAACGAAAACCAGACCAUGUGCGUCCCUAUAACCAUGCCCGUGGAUAGAAAAUCGCUGGACUUCUCGCGGCUCGUGGCCAGGGAUUACUUCGUGAUUAUGACAGUGGAGCUACCGUUCCCGCAUUUCAACGCUGUAUUGCGGAUUCCUAUUCAGGUGGGCGAGAGUUUUGCGAGUGACCAGCGCGAGCCGCCGCCUUCCUACUGGGAAGCUAUGGGCGAAGAGCAAAAGGACGACAAACAUUCGAUC